UUGAAUGAAAAGCAAUACAAUACUCAGUAAAUAUUUUGAUUACAACAAAAUUAACAAAAGAACGUGAAAAUAUUACGUAUCUAGUAAAGAUCUUCCUCAAAUAAAAUGGAUGAAUUAAAAGCAUUCUUCAAUUCCCCAUGUCCAUCGAGUAAUCAAGUUACAAAAUUGCGCGGUCCCCUAACAGGUGGUUUUCGUAUUCCCAAAGAAGAUACAAUGAACGAUAUGAAUAGAAAAGAGGCACAUCGGCAUAUGGUGGUGCCUAGUGGUACGGAUUACGCUCGAGAAGUGAAAGAUCGAGAAACAGAACUGUAUUUAAAGAAUGAAAUUGAGCGGAAACAAUAUGAAAGCAUGUCGGCCGGCUUGGAGUCUUUGGAGCAACUCUCAUUAAUUGGUGCGUCGGUACAGAACAUUGGGGAGCUCAAUGAUGAAGCAAUGACAGAAGUGUAUAGUAAAUAUUCUUUCCAAAAGAAAGAAGAUGCUAAUAAUCUAGCAAUCAAUUCAUAUAAACAACAGAUAUUAGAUCGAAUUAGAGGCUUCCCAGUUGUCAUCAUUGAAGGUCCAACAGGUUGCGGCAAAACAACUCAGGUCCCACAAUGGUUAUUAGAUGAUUGUUACCAUAACCGAAGACCGUGUAAAAUUAUUGUGACACAGCCAAGGAGGAUUGCAGCUAUAUCUAUAACAAGGCGAGUUGCUCAGGAGAGGGGCUGGGAUGUUGGGGGAUUAGUUGGAUAUCAGGUCGGCCUAGACAAUCGGACAUCAACAGACACUCGUAUACAUUAUGUUACCACAGGAGUUCUGCUUCAGAAACUAGUUUCUGCCAAAACAAUGAAUGAAUACACCCAUGUUAUUCUUGAUGAAGUUCACGAAAGAGGACAAGAGAUGGAUUUUCUACUCUUAGUUGUGAAAAAACUUUUAUACACCAUGUCCCCAGCUGUAAAAGUUGUCCUGAUGUCAGCUACAUUUAAUAGUAAAGCUUUUGCUGAUUAUUUCAUGAUACCAACGCCUCGUGGACUGCAGAUGUCAACUUGCAUCAAAGUCGAGAAGAGGGAACAUAUGUUCACUGUCAAAACAUUUUAUCUGAAUCAUUUAAAUAAGUUUGGUUCGGUUCUUCAAAACUCAAUGCCAAAAAAUGGAGAACCCGGAAUAAAUCCAGAAAUGCAUCACCUAGUCAUCAAACUGUUGAACGCAUUUGAGCAAAUUGACAAGCAAGAAGACAAUUAUAUGGACAGAUCAGAAGCUGACUUGCCGUCUGUGUUAAUAUUUUUGCCCGGUAUCAAUGAGAUUGAAGAUUUGUAUUCCAGUCUUACUGAUCAUGAUUUAAGGACAAAAGUAGCAGAUUUGGAAUGCGCAAACUACAAAUGGUGGGUGCUUCCUCUGCACUCUACCAUCACAGCUGAUGAACAAGUACGUGUGUUCCAACGCGCGCCGCUCGGGCACCGCAAGAUCAUUCUUUCCACUAACAUCGCCGAAAGCUCCAUCACUGUACCCGACAUCAAAUAUGUGGUGGACUUCUGUCUAAUGAAAGUAUUAGAAGCAGACGCGAUCACAAACUUCACAUCACUGAAGUUAUGUUGGGCCUCGAAGACAAACUGCGAGCAGCGGGCCGGUCGCGCGGGCCGCGUGCGUGACGGACGCGUAUAUCGCUUAGUCACAGAUAAGUUUUACGAUAGCCUGAGAGAUGAAUGUCCUCCUGAGAUAGUGCGGUGUCCACUAGAAAGGCUAGCAUUACUUGCUAAGAUGCUGGAUAUGGGUCCGCCCAGUGAUAUCCUGGCGUUGGCCAUGGACCCACCUGAUAUGUCUAACAUACAUCGAACUGUACUUGUAUUAAAAGAAAUUGGAGCUUUAAAAAAGACUUUAGACAACGAGUGGAGUUCCUCGGAUGGUGACCUCACUUAUAUGGGGCGUAUUAUGGCAAAAUUGCCCAUUGAUGUACGAGCAUCUAAGCUGAUAGUGCUCGGCUAUGUCUACGGAUGUCUGGACGAGUGUGUCAUAAUGGCCGCUGCAAUGUCUGUGAAAAACGUGUUCAACAGUCCGUUCCGUGAGCGUCUAAAUGCGUACAACUCUAAGUUGACUUGGGCGGACGGCUCAACCAGUGACUGUAUUGCUCUACUCAAUGUCUAUAAGGUGUGGAACCACUUGAGACAGCAGCAGCAGUUCAAGCAGCAAGGCAGCGAGGUGCAGUGGUCGCGCCGGUUCUUCGUGCAGGUCCGAGCGCUGCGGGAGCUCGACGACAUGGUCCGCGAGCUGCGGCUGCGGCUGUCCCGAGAGGGAUUGGAAUCGGAGGGAAACGCAUCGCCCUGGGCCAGGAACGAACUCCCUCUCGCUUUGAAGGUAAUAAUGGCGGGCGCAUUCUACCCACAAUACUUCAUACAAGUGUCACAAGACGAAGAACGAGAACGUGAGGCUUUGCGGACGCUCAGCGGGUUCGACCCCAGGAACACGGUUUAUUUGAGGAACUUUCCGGAUCACCAGCCCGGGGAGGUGUAUGCGUCUCUCAUCAAAAAAGUAGUAAAACAACAAAUAGGAGACGAACCCUGCGUCUCAUUUGAUAAAAACGGGAGAAAGGUGUUCUUGACCUUCAAUGACGGGAGCUACCUGUCGAGAAGUGAAAAAGAAAAUAGUGGCGAUCCAACGAUUCCCGGUCAAGUGGCACUACCUGUUUACAAAUGUAUCAAAGCUCGACAACUUCGGUUGGAUAUCAGGAUACCUUUACUGCCCCUGGAAAAAGCAAAUGCUUUGGCAAGCGCAAUGCAAAUAAACAACAAGGAUAUCAGCAUGGAAAGGACAGUGCCGCGCCUUCCGGAGAUCGAUGACACUCAUUUCCCACUCAAAAUUACCCACGAGGUGAACGUUGGGAAGUUUUGGGUGCAAUAUGACGAUGAAUCAACCGCAGCCGAACUCCGCCUUAUCCAGUACGCGCUGAACCACGGGCCCCUGCUGACCCACACUGGGGACGUGUCCGCGGACGAGAUAUACGCCGCCCCCUACGCGGACGCCUCGGGGACCGUCAUGUGCCGAGUGCGGGUGCUUAAAUUGUUGCCCAUGGACAUGGUCGAGGUGGCGUACAUGGACUACGGCGGCACGGGGCGCGUGAGCACGUGCAACCUGCACGCGCUGCCGGCGGGCGCGAGCCGCACGUGCCCGCCGCUGGGCGUGCCGUGCGCGCUGGCCGGUGUAGCGCCCGCGCGGCGCCUGCACGACCGGCCCGCCUGGUCGCCGCAGGCCUACAGCUGCUUCCGGGAGCUCAUCUCGCGUCCGCGUCUUAUAGCCAAGGUUUAUUCUGUAGUACAUGGCGUCGUAGCUAUCGAACUGCUCACAGAUGGCGGCCAUGUAAGCGUUAAUGAAAUACUAAUUAAAAAAGGAUUUGCUGUUCCGUGUGAAGAGAGUUACGAAUCUAAGCUGAACCAUGACCUGAGACAGACUGCGAACGAACUGAACCUCGCGCAGAAGCGAGCUUAUAACAAGGAGCAGACGGAAGCCGCGUUCUACCAGCUAGGGGACGCGGCGCCGCCUAAUUACAGGGAAUGUGUUGCGGAUGUUUGCCUCAAAGGACCCUACAGCCCGCUGGAGUCGUCGUUGCACAACUUGAUGUACUCGAGCCGCGACAAGCCCGUGCAGAUCGACAGCAGCUCCGUCAACUCGGUCCUGCUCGACACCGAGCCCCAGAUUACGUACGAAAGGUUGCUGGUCGCGGCAGAGGUCGGACAGAAUGAGAGCUUUAGCAAGCUGACCCUGCGACUGUCGACGUUGAUGCCGAACAUUCCGGCUCUGCCCGCCAUCAUCGCGCUGCUGUUCUGUCCCACGGCGGAGCUCCGACGGGACAGCUCGGCCACCCGCUACGUGAGCGCGCUGUGCGGGCUGGGGGCCGCGCCCGACGCCGCGCCGCGCUUCCCCGAGCACGACCUGCUCGUCAACAUCGACGCCGACCUCGACGUCGAGGACAUCGGAUGGAUAAAUCACAAUCGUUACCUGACGGACUACAUGCUGUACUGCGGCGAGGGACAGGACAUGCCGACUGCGGACGACGAAUUCCGACCUCAGAUUCCCGGCAUCAUUCGAAAGAAUCUCAUGCAGUUGAUAAAGAAACGUCGCAAGCUCCGCCCGACCGAGGCGGUGCCGACCGCGUGGGAGUGGAAGAGCGUGCCCGAGGACGAGCUCAUGGAGAUCACCGUGCCCGACAUGGUGGAGCGCGCCGUGCUGUACGAGCUGCACGUGCCGCUAGAGCUGCACCCCGUCUCGCGCGACCACCUGCUGGCCCUCAAGCGAGACAACGACCAACUCAAGCUACUCGUCAGCAGGACUCCGAUAUCGUCAAGCGCCGAAUUGUCGUGUAAGCUGUGCGGCACCGGACCGAUGCCGCCUCACGCCAUGAGGCUGCAUCUCUACUCCAACAUUCACAAAGAAAAGGAAGAAGAUUUUCAGAUGUUCCAAACAUAACAUUUAAAAAAAAUCAUUUUAAUCUUCACACCAAGACUCCGUUUAUUUUUAACAUAACUGUUUGAUAACAAAAAUGUGUUAACUGUUGAGAAUAAAACCUUGUAUAAACAUAUUGAUUUAUACAAAUUAUCUUCGGACGUAAGCGAUAAGUAUUGUUUGUUAGUCUUUAUUUUAUUGUUUUGUUUUUUUUCUUCAAGUUUCGCGAUAAAGAAAUAAUAUCGACGAACAUAAAAAUAAAUUUGUGUUUUGAAAUUUUUGAUGAGAUUUUCUCUCAGGGCAAAUUUUAUGCGUUUAGAAUUAUGAUACCUUGAACUAAGUGACAUUGAAAAGAUGACCUAUUUGUUCCUAACGAUACGAUGCGAUAUAUUACUCCUAGAAAACGAUAUCUUCAAAUUGUCAUUAAUAUCGAAAACACAAAAAUAAGUUUUCUUUGAAAAUAAACCAGAUCUGUGGCUUAAGAAAGACGGGCUUUGUAAUAUGGCAUAUUUGUUUUGUUUAGGUUACUAAAGUAAUUUGUGAUAUUUUUUAUUGUGACAUUAAAAUGUGUCUUUGACACAUUCUGUUACGUAACAUUUUCUUAUUUCCGAAGUUGAUCUCGCUUAGUACUAAUAGGUAAGAACACAAACUUUUAGAAUCUUUAUAUUGUUGUUACGCCGAAUAACACUGUUCUAAUUAAAGGCCGUGUAAAUAUAGGUUUUAUUUUUAAAAUUUCCGCUAAAACGUUCUAAGAAAUCUCUAGUGAUAUCACUGUCGUCAUUAUAAUCUAUUUUAAAUAUUGAGAAUAUGCGUAUACACUAUAUGUACAAAUAGUUUUAAUAUAAUUUUUGGUUCGCAUUAAAGGAAACUACCAUGUUGAUAUAAACAAAAGAAAAUUAUACAUAUAACAUUUUGGGGGUAUAUUGUAAAAUAUCUUCUACGAACAUAAUAAUUAAAUUAUUUCACUUUGAUAUUGAAUUAGUGUCUGUAUUGAAGCAAUAUUUUAUAUUAGUCUUUCAAUCAUAAUAUUUCUAGACUUCUGACAGGUUUUCCGUUUUGGCGGGAAUUUGAUGUCUGCCACAGACUACAUCACUGUGUAGGUAUACCUGCAACCCGCCACAAAACGUUUAGCUGAAUAUUUAAAAAAAGAAUCUGUCCAUACGGAAAUUAGGUGCAGCUUCUAAAAGUUUGUCGUCUACCCAAUUGAAUCAUAAGUUAGAUUAACUCGAUAAAGAGUUUGUGUAAAGUGUAUAAGUAUAAUUAAUUAGUUUAUCACAUAACUAAGCAGCUGUAAUGUUGAUGUGAAUAAAUGA